AUGGAGAGGGACAUUGUAACAUUAGGUCUCGAGGACCGUUUAAUCCUCGAAGUGCUACGUAAGGAACACCCUGAGGUGUUCCUCAAUAUCAAAAAAGAGGUCGCGCCUCGCGCGGCCUCUACGUCCCUCCCGUCGCGCGCGGCUACACCGUGCGCCGACGGACCCGUCUUAGAAAUGGCGACACCUAGGUCGCUGAGUCCCCUGUCGCGUGCCGCCUCCGACGCUGCGACAAUACGGAACGCCGUCUGA